AUGGAAGUCAACGGUCGAGAAGAUCAUCAACACCAAGAAUCAUCGGAAUGGUUUGUAAAGUACUUAAAGCGCCAAGGCGAUUGGUUAGAGAAAACCAGAGGAAAUUUGAUGGUUGCAGCAACGGUUAUAGCCGGUAUGAGCUUUCAAGUUAUGGUUAAUCCUCCAGGUGGCGUCUGGCAAAGUGACAAUAAUUGUUCCUCCGGAGGUCAAACCGGUACGGAUCCGGUUUGUAAGGUAAAAGCCGGAACAGCGAUAUUGGAACACGAGAGUUCGAAGCGUGGACUCUAUCUAGGGAUGAUUAUUAGCAGUACGGUGUCGUUUUCUGCUUCCAUGAGUCUAAUUCUCCUUGUCAUUAGCGGUUUACGACUCAGGUACUAG